AGUGUCGUUAGUGUAUGUUAUGUUGUUUUCCUUGUUUUUCUUAAAUUCUAGUUAAAGCAAUUUAAUAAUCACUAACUGUGAAAUGAAGAAUAAUUAUUUUUUUCUGUUAAAAACAUCAUAUUAAUUGCUUGUGAUCUUGAAGCUGGAUUAUAAAUGAAACGGACUUUAUUCGAUACACUUGUUGUAGUGUCUCAAAUGAUAGAAACUAAAUUAAACCAAGCCACACAAAAUAAUAUGUUUAACUAGAAUAAAUAUAUCUAUCUAUUUGUCAACAUGGCUCCGCGAAUCAUCUUGUUGUUUAGUGGCAAAAGGAAGUCUGGGAAAGAUUACUUGACCGACCACUUGCAGAAGUUGCUGGGAGACCGAUGCGAAGUGAUAAAGAUAUCUCAGCCUAUAAAGAGUCAUUGGGCGAAGGAGAAGAAUUUGAAUCUGAAUGAGCUGCUGAGCGACAGCGAGUACAAGGAGCAGCACAGAUUGGAAAUGAUAAAGUGGAGCGACGAGAUGCGAGACCAAGAUUACGGCUGCUUCUGUAGAGUCGCUUGUCAAAAUGCCGCCGACAGACCCAUAUGGAUAGUCAGCGACAUCAGACGCAAAACUGACAUCUGCUGGUUCAAAGAAACCUACAGGGAUCUCAUCAGAACUAUCCGUAUAACUGCAGACGAAGAUACUAGAGUCAAAAGAGGAUACAAGUUCAAGGAGGGCAUAGACAAUGUCGCUUCAGAGUGUGACUUGGAUGAUUAUACUCUGUGGGACCUGGUCAUAGAUAAUGGGAAGGGAAGAGAGCAGCUGCAGGAACAGUUAGGCAGUAUUCUGGGAUUAUUGUCCCACUUAUGAUUUAGAUCUGACUGUGAAGUUAAAUAUAUUUCACUGUUUGUAUACAGUAUUGUACUGUAGAUGUGACAUAUUUUUAUAUAUGUAAGCAAAGAAGGGUUUUUUUAUAGUUUAAUUUAAUAUAUUUGAAAUGUAACCUGUAAUUGGCAUCCAUAACUUAGUCUUAGGGUGAUACCUAUUCCAUCUGACCAAUAUAUUGGUACAAGGUGUAUUUUGUCUCACAUUUUGCUUAAUGAGAGAGUGAGACGCAAUGACAUUGGACAGGUGGAAUACUAAUACAUACAUAAUUAAUUUAUAGAUCUACAAUGUCCUAUUUAUUUGUUUUAAGUUUUAUUAUUAAUUUAUAAGAAAUGUAUAUUUACCGGUUUUUUUUGUCGUAAUAUACCGUAUAUAUAAAAAAUCUAUAUACGAUAAUAGGGAAUAUUAGGCAAAGCUCUGCGUAGGUAGCACCACUAGCACAUACAGUAAACAACCCUCAUUGACAUCAUCAAUGACACAUCAUGUGUCACUGGGUCAAUCACAUGUACUACCGCGAAACACGACAAUCGAAAUUUCGGUUUCUGCCUCUCUAUCACUCUUGCUUAUUCGAUCUAUACAGGGUGAUUUCGGCGUCGUGGACCAAGAGAGCCAGACAUCAUACAGAAUCCAAAAAUGAGCCUAAUGAUGUUGUUGAUUAUUUUUUAUCACCAAUAAUGAUGAUUAUUUUCCAGAUGACAAGUAGGAAAAAACAUUUUUGCAUACAAUUUGGUGACCCCACUCAACAAGACGUCAGGUCUUGUCGCUUUCCAUACAGCGUAUGUCAAAAGUCAUAGGGUGACCAUAAUUACUUAGUAUAAAAUAAUUUUACUUGAAAAAUAAGAAUAAUUAAAGUAAUUAUCUUUUAAUCAAAUACUACCAUAUGAUAAUGUGGAUCAUUUACAGAGCCAGAAAAAGUGGUUCUGGAUCACGACCCAGAAAUCAAGAGGCAGAUAAAGAAAUUUCGAUUUUCGCGUUUCGCGGUAGGCCACAUGUAAAAAAACCGCUUUAAGUGGAUCAAUGUCAUAGUGAAAACUGGUCAAAAAACUUUAAGGCCUAGUAUGAUAAAGAUAAAAGAUAAAAAUCAAUUUAUUCAAGUAGGAUCUGUUGGAUCGCUUUUGCAUCGUCAAUGUCUACAUUUUAUGUUAAACAUGCACAGUUACAAUAAAUUUAAUUAAAAGGAGUCAAUAAUUUAGAAGGAAAUGUCAAAAAAAAAUCGCAAAUAAGAAUAAAUACAUUACAAUUUGGAAAUGAUGAAAGGAAAGUACCUACUUAAUACUAAACUAAAAAUUAAAACAUGCAAAAAUGCGAUUACCUAAUGGUAGUUAUGUCAUUGUGUAUUUACAAUAAUUUAAUCUCAUGCAACAUCAGAAUAUAUUAAAAUUAUAAAUUAUACCUACCUAGUUGUACAAUGGCUGAAUCAGCAAUGUGCAUCGUCAAAAACAAAAUCAUAAGCGCAAUAAUCAAAUAAUCUAACAUAAAUAGGUACAUAAUUGAAUUUUCAAUAAUUUCCAAAACAAACAUGAGAAGAAGUUUAGGUACAUAACAACAGUUAUUUAAAGGUCUAAUUUCUAUAAAUAUAAUUAAUCACUAAGCCUCAUGCAGUCGUUCUUAUUUUGGUUCAAUUUAGGCCAAGCAGUUUUAUCGUUAAGGUACUCUUCGACACUGUAGUAUCCUUUUUUCAUUAAGGAGGUUUUUAAAUAUUUUUUUAAAGUGAGCAUUGGCAAAUUAAGCACCUCUUUGGGCAAUUUGUUAUAAAAUAAUAUACAUUGCCCCAAAAAUGAUUUAUAUAUUUUACGCACACGAAACUUGUGCAUUGCAAUUUUAUGCUUAUGUCUAGAACUACUCAUUUUCUUAAACGAAUCUAUGUGCUUUAGAGCAUAAACAAUACACUCGUAAAUAUAUUGAGAUGCUGUUGUUAGGAUAUUUAUUUCUUUAAAUCGGGCUCUUAAUGAUUCUCGAGACCCCAUCUUGUAAAUAGACCGGAUGGCUCUUUUUUGUAGAACAAAUAUUGUUUGUAUAUCCGCUGCCUUACCCCACAGUAAAAUUCCAUAUGCCAUUAAACUAUGAAAUUGGCUGAAAUACACUAAACGUGCCGUCUCUACGUCAGUCAACUGCCUUAUUUUCCUAACUGCAAAAGCUGCAGAACUUAAUUUACUAGCUAAUGACGAUAUGUGAGGACUCCACUGCAAAUUUGUGUCCAAAGUUAAACCUAAAAAGAUGGUUUUAUCUACUAACUCCAAGCGGUCUCCAUUCAAAUGAACAUUUAUAUUUUUGUCAAGCUUAACAUUAGGUAAUGUGAAUCGCAUGCACUUGGUUUUUUGGGGAUUAAGUAGCAGGUUGUUCCUUGUAAACCAGUUUAAAACUUUCGAAAGAAUAUCAUUGAUGCUAUCGUAAUCAGUUGUAUUUCUAUUCACUUUAAAAAUUAAAGAUGUAUCGUCUGCAAAUAGAACAAUUUUGCAACAGUUUUCGACAAU